UCUGCCUGCUGAGCCCACUCCGUGACGUCACUUCUCCCCGAGUCCGAGGACCACCCACCAUGUCGGCAGUUACGGAGGUUCAGAACACCACAACCGAGGCCCUGGCCGCCCUGCUAGACGGGGGUGACGGCGCCCUGGUGACGCUGGUGGCGGGCGAGACGAGGGUGGCGGCUCACAGGGCCGUGUUGGCGGCCGCGAGCCCAGUGUUCGAAGCGAUGUUCGCGCACGACAUGCUGGAGGCCAGCUGCGGCCAGGUGAGCAUCGACGACGUGGAGGGCCCGGUGCUGAGGCUCCUGGUGGCCUACACGUAUACCCUGCAGGCCCCCCAGCUGCCCGACACGGCCGCCCAGCUGCUCUCGGCGGCCGACAAGUACGGCUUGUCGGCCCUGAAGGCUGCCUGCGAGCGGCAGCUGAUCUCUCAGUUGGCCGUCGAGACCGCAGCGGCGACGGCCGUCACGGCAGUGAGGCACUCGUGCCCGGACGCCACGAGGGCUGCCGUCGCCUUCAUAAAGGACCACCUGCAGGUGAUGGCCACGCGGGGCUGGGCGGACGCUGUGCUCGAGUACCCGCAAGAAGUCAUUGAAGUCAGCAGUAUGCUCGGUGAGCCACCUGCAGAAGCCAGCUCGCCGACCGCCACAGGGGGCGGGUCCACCCCCAACUCGGACCGUCAACCCCACAGCGGCCACAGCCGGACUCCUGCUGCAGCUGCGCCUCCCACGUCUGCCCGACACACCCCUCCACCUGAUGAUGCAGCCGUCUCUCGCUUCCGGAGCCUUUCUGAGGAGGAGCGAGGCAGGAGGCUGAUAGAGGCGGCUAAGGAGGGGGCGGUGGAGGAGGUGCGGGCGUUGCUCGCGGCUGGGGCGGACGUGGGGGCGAGGGGCGGGUACGGGUGGACCGCCCUGCACAGGGCUGCACGGAGUGGCGACGCGGCUGUGGUGCGGCUGCUGCUCUCUGCGGCGUCCGACCCCAACGCCAGGUCUCAGUGGGGGGAGACGCCGCUGCACUUGGCGGCAUUCUUUGGCCACACAGAAGCGGCGGCUGCGUUGCUGCAGGCCGGAGCCGACAGGGGGCAACAGGUGGCGUCAGACAGCCCGCGCAAACGGCCGGCGCAGUCGCCGAGGGGAAACUCGCAGGUGGGGGCGCGACGCAGAAUGCGGGCAGCGAAUCCGGCAGAGGGCCGCGCAUGCGCAGAUGAUGUGGCGGGGCGGGAGCAGGCGAAGUGGCACUCUGGAGUUCCCAGGUACCCCGCCGCCCCCUGCAACGGAGCUGACGACGCCAGAGGGGAGCGGCCGGCGCGCUCGGUCCAGGCCUCUCCAGAGGCGCCAGUUGGGCACAGCUGGUCGCGGCGGGCCUUCCAGCAGGUUCCAACACGGCUGGAGUCGGAGUCCUCCUCCCCACGAUUCAACCAUUUCGUUGCUCUCUGGACCUCUCUUACCAAGAGCUUCCUUCCGGUACCUUCAGGUGCUGACGCAUACGCAGGCAAACUGGCGUGGCGGCCUGCUCUCGACCAACAUCACCGGCAUCAGAGUUACGAGUAUGGGAGCGACCUCCAUCCAGGAUAA